AGCGGUGGAUGGAGCUCCGAAGCCCUGCUCCCGGUGUUCUUGAGGUUCAGGCAACAUCGGGGACAGAAUCUCCAAGACUGGGACAUGAAGGUCGCUGUGUUGGACCUUGGGUCUCUCUUUGCCAGAAUCUUCAAGACCUCGACGGCGCCUCCGGCCGUCCCCUCGCCGAUCGCCUCGGCCUCCAGCCACUCGGGAGGCGCUGCCACCUCGGGGCCGGUGGGCACAGAGCGUAGCACUGCCUCCACCCUGACUCUCCCUGCCAUGCCUCCUGACUCCCCCUCCGCCUUUCGGGGGUCGACCGUCUUGCUCCAUCCUUUGCUCACUGCCUCCUACCCCAGGGUCUCUGUCGCAAACCGCGCAGCAGAAGCAAUAGGGACCCCCUUCUCUCUGCCCAGUAACCCGAGAGCAGCCAAAGUCCAGCCCCUGGCCCAGUCCCUGCCCCUGGUCUCCUCCAGCAAUGGCUGCAGCGCCGCGGGCUCCCCAGUCCACCUGGUGGCAGAGGCAAGGCCACUCCCCGGCCCUGGCGGCACCUGGGCCCCGCUGCCGUCGAUUGGAGGCACCACAGGCAGCAGCAGUUUAGCUUCGAGCCCACGGAACCCCUGCCAGCCUGGCCCCGGAGAGCGAGAACCCAGCGAUUGGAUGCCCCCUGGGCCUGGCCCCAAGACCCUGUUCUUCACCCUUCCGGACAUCGGUGAGGAGUGGGCCUCGGACAGCGACUCGGAUGGCGGAGAGGCAAGAGGACUGUCAGAAGGAUCUGGGAAACACAAUUUUGCUGUGAAAAGCAAAGACCCAUUACCUACACGUUUUACAAGAAAUGUGCAGAAAGCCAUUGAUAAAUAUACGCAUACCUGUGAAUCCGUGUCAUCAUUUUCUUCCGGUGAAAGCCUCACGCCCACAGAAGCCCACAACUCCUCAUCAGGGAUGCGUAGUUCCACCACCGGUUUAUCUACUGAGAGGAGCUCCGUUUACUCUUGGAGAGAUGAUGAGUUUGACAAAACCAAUGCGCAGAAAGUACAGCAGUUAUUCUGGGAGGUCGAGGAAAUGUUAUUUGAAGGGAAAGUGAGCCCUCAGACCCAGAACCUACUGGCUGAAUGCAGUGAGUGGUCAAGAAGAUCCAUCCACCUGAGAGUAUUGGGAAGACAGCUCAUCCUGCCAACUGAUGAAGGAGUCUGCCACUUCCAGGGCAGUGAGCCUCGUUGUGCAGCCCAGGAACCCUUCUCGGAUACCUGUGAGCCCAAUGGCAAUGUUAGAGAAUUGUGCAUCUCUGGCUCUCAAAUCCUCCCAGCAGCACUUGCAGCCCCUGCCCUGCCAGGCUCUGACUGCACAGGGGCGGCUAACCUACCAGCAUGUUCAUCCCUGCAAGAAGAAGUCUAUGAUGUGGAUGGAAAGAUUGAAGAAUAUUUCGCUUUUGACAGAAAAGAAGCUGACGAUGUACAUGUUGAACAAAAAUCAGCUCGCCGUCGUAGGACAUGGCGUAAACAUGGACUUCCUCCCGUUUCCCCUCACGACUGCAUCAAAGAUGCCGUGACUGCAGAAGUGUUUGAUUACGUCUGGACAAAUGUGGUAGAAAUAGUGAAAGAGCUGAUUAGAAAAAACUGGGAAAUUACACUCACAGGAAGAAAAAAACAGAAAGAAAAGUUGAAAGUAACUGAGACCAAAUCUCCACAUCUACUCAUUUCCCGUAUUAAUACUGAUGUAUCAAGUGUCCCUCCAUCCAGAAGUUCUGAAACUCGAAGUAUAUCCAUUACCUCUCAUCUUAAUUCAGCUCAGAUUCAUCGCUUCUCCAACCAUUUUUAUAGUGAUUUGAAUGGUGUGAUGAUAAUUCAAGCAAAACCACUUCAGCAGAGACCAACCUAUUUUGCAGAUAGAACACAGAAUGAACAAGAGGACAAAUCAUUGGGUGUAGGCGCCAGUGCUCUUUCUAUGUCCCGGCACCGUCUGGAACGAGUUUCAGAUACUCGAGGACUACAGACUCCUGCAAAGAAAACACCGGCCCAUAAGAGGCUGCCUUCUCUUACUGCAAACUCACAGAGAAUGAAAACCCCCACUGUGUACGGUGAUGAAGUUCUUAGGGGAACAAAACUGCAAACUGGCACAGACCACAUGUCCUCCCCACCAGUCCAGAUCUCAAGGAGCAGGUUACCUCCAAUAGGCUCAGAGAUUGCUGAGCAGAAUGUGGCAGCUCCUGCAUCUCACCCUGUGUCUUACAGAGGAAGACAUGCACAAAACUGUGUGUUAAGUGCAAUACCUGAUAGCAUAGAACGAUCACCUCUUCGAGAAAGAUCUCUGACCAUGGAACAGUUUUCAAGGCCCAGCACAACCCAUACGUUUCAGUCAGACAUUACUCAAAAAGGUUCAUUGACACUGAUGGAGUUUGCUGGUCACACCUGGACGGGUCAAGGUUUUCUGACAGGUUCACAAUAUCCACCUAAAUCUUUCCAGAGGACAACUUUGACUUUAAGGAAGAGAUUCCAAGUGGCAUCUUGAUAGUACGUCACCAGAGCUACAGCACUUGUCAGAGCAUUCAAGGCCCCAGCACAUCAUUUAUCACUUGAAAAAUGGAAGAACAAGUAUUAUGUUAUGUAUCUGUUUGUCUGACAGUCUGAGGUGUUAGACUAUCUGAGAGAAAUGCAAACAAAUGAUUUUGAACACUUUGCUUUGUCAAGAGAAUAACAAGUCAAACUCACCAACUUUCUUCUUUAUUGGAAGCAUUCUAAUCAGGAUUCUUUAGGCUUUGCUCAGAAGAAUCUGUGCUGAUAACACACCCUUCUAUCAAUUAUACACAGACAUACAUAUAAUUAGUGUAUGUAUUCACUCACUACUUAAUAUGUGAAAGUAUGUUAUCUCGGAGUAUGCCAUUUUGUAACUUUAUGUUUUGACUUUUUUUUGUCUCAUUCUAUAAUUAAACCCUUAAAACCCUGGUCACUAAUAGAUAUUAUUCCCUUCUUUAGAAAAUAGCAAAGUCAUCUUUGGUACGCUAUGCCCCUUUGACUAAGACUCACAUUAUUCUAAUCAUUGUGCUGACUUUCUUAUGCCUUUUUUUUUUUUUACAAAAAGUACUUUAGUGAUGAACCCCUUUGAGGAAUAUCAGCGGCUAAGUAUCCCAUGCCAAUUUUGUUUUAUAAUUUUUCAUGUUCAUAUUCAGGCAGUCUAUUUAGAAGUACCCCAAAUUUAAUUGAUUUUUAAAAUCAGUGGAUUGAUUUUAAUUAUGAAUCUAAACAUAAUUAAAAUAAUAUUGCUUA